AUGGGUUCCGUUCAAGACUUUCACCUUGUCACUGCCGCCGAGAAUUUGCUAAAGAAUGCAAAGAAAUUGGCGGCAGCCACAGCACCGGGCGUCGAUGACAACGAGCCUGAGUUGCGGCGGUGCGUUGCCAGUACGGCUAAGAAGAUUGCCUUCAUGACGGCACCGAGAGUCGAUGUGGUAAAGGAGGACUGGGUUACGCUUGCUGAAGUCGGUGCCUGGAACAUCUUUAUUGAGUGGGAAGCUUUUGAUUUUAUCCCACUUAAUGGCUACAUCUCCAUUGUCGAUCUCGCUCGAGAACUCGACGCUCAGGAGUCGCUCGUAGCCCGAAUAGCCAACCUUCUGCUCGCGACAGGGAAGCUUCUUCCCGGCCCACCCGUCGCUUCAUGUUCUUCGACGCCCCCCCAAUCUCCUUACGCAAACAUCACCAUCCGCCACUCACGCAUCUCACCCUUAUACAUGACCUCCCACCCCGUCUCUCCACUGUGCACCGUGGCCGUCGGUAAUGCCAUGCGCCCGUUCGCUCGCUGGCCCGACUACUUCGACAUCUACGGUCGCUGCGAACCCCCUGAACAAAGGUUCACGCCCUUCUCCUUCGCCUGGGACUGCCCGGACCUGGAACCAUGGGAGGUUAAGGCCGAGUAUCCGGACUAUGCGAGCGCGUUCGCCCGGAGUAUGCAGUCGAAGGAGAUGGUGGGAGGCGAUACGGUGCUGGUGGGUGAAGAGGCGGUGUAUGACAUGGCGUGGGUGGGUGAGGAGGCGAAGGUGUUUUGUAAUUACAAGCCGUGGGAGAAUUGGACGCCGACCCUGGUAGACGUAGGGGGUGGGUUGGGCCAGUUGCUGCAGGAUGUGUUGAGGGAUGUCGACGGGUUGCGGCCUGAGCAGUGUCUGCUGCAGGACCGACGGGAGGUGAUUGAUAAGGCGAAGGAUAACCGAGACGGGGUGUUGGCAAAGGUGGUAAUGAUGGAGCAAGAUUUUCAUGAGGAGCAGCCGCUCAAAGGCGGUCUCGUUUACAUCCUUCGCAGGAUCCUCCUGGAUUAUCCCGACGAAGCCUCUGUCAACAUCCUCCAACAUCUAGCCGAUGCCUUGCCCGACGACAAUCCCAAGGCUCGGGUUCUCAUCAUGGAGGAGCGGUUAUUGGAAGUCCCAACAACACAGAACUGUCUUGUGGACGUCGUGAUGCUCAACCUGGGCGGGAAGCUCCGGAAUGAAGCAAUGUUCCGGGAGCUUGCGACAGCCGCAGGACUGAGGGUAGUAGGGUUCCACGUGAGCCACCGGACUUCCAACUGCGUCGUUGAAUGUGCGAAGGCAUGA